AUGGAUUUUUUCACAUCUAUACCAACUCAUAUCGAUUAUGUCGGUCAAGCUAAAGCAGAAAAGUUGUACAGAGCUAUUAUCACGCUGUUUAGUAUAGUCGGCUUCGUAUGGGGCUACAUCGUACAACAGUUCUCGCAGUCUGUCUACAUUCUUGGAGCCGGAUUCAUCUUAGCUGCAAUUCUCACCGUUCCUCCGUGGCCUAUGUACCGUCGUAAUGCCCUGAACUGGCAGAACCCUCGGAUCAAUGAAGAGAAACCAUCAGGCAAAAAAGGAAAGAAAUAG